GUGUUUGCAAGAGGGAGGUGUUAAGGAGUGAAAGGAAGCCCCCAAAUUCCCCCUCUUCUUUCCCACAAACUUUUAGAGGCAACACCUUCGCAUCCUGACCGCAAACUGCAGGUUGCAUUCGUUCACAGCAUGACUGUUGCCACAGGCGACCCAGUUGAUGAAGCCGCAGCUCUCCCGGGUCAGCCACAGGACACGUAUGACCCGGAACCAGACCAUGAGUGCUGCGAAAGGGUGGUCAUUAACAUCUCUGGCCUGCGCUUUGAGACGCAGCUCAAAACUCUGUCUCAGUUCCCCGAGACAUUGCUCGGGGACCCCAAAAAGCGAAUGCGCUACUUUGACCCUCUGAGGAACGAGUACUUUUUCGACAGGAACCGCCCAAGUUUUGACGCCAUUCUCUAUUACUACCAGUCAGGUGGCAGGCUGCGGAGGCCUGUAAAUGUGACAUUGGAUAUUUUUUCUGAGGAGAUACGUUUUUAUGAGCUCGGGGAAGAAGCCAUCGAGAUGUUCAGGGAGGAUGAAGGAUUUAUUAAGGAAGAGGAGAGACUCCUGCCAGAAAAUGAGUUUCAGAGGCAGGUGUGGCUGCUCUUUGAGUACCCUGAAAGUUCAGGGUCUGCCCGGAUUAUUGCCAUCAUUUCCGUCAUGGUCAUCCUCAUAUCUAUAGUCAGUUUUUGCCUGGAGACACUUCCGGUUUUUCGCAGUGAGGACCUGGACCAGCACAAAAUUCCCAUGAGCUCCAACUCAACAAAUAGUUACACCUCCACCUACUUUACUGACCCCUUCUUCAUCCUGGAGACCCUUUGCAUCAUAUGGUUCUCCUUCGAGUUUCUGGUGCGUUUCUUUGCGUGUCCCAGCAAAGCGGGCUUCUUUGUCAAUAUAAUGAACAUCAUUGACAUUGUGGCUAUAAUACCUUACUUUAUCACCUUGGGCACAGAGCUAGCAGAGAAGCCAGAGGAUGGCCAGCAAGGGCAGCAAGCCAUGUCGCUUGCCAUUUUGAGGGUCAUCAGAUUAGUACGAGUCUUCAGGAUCUUCAAACUAUCCCGGCACUCGAAAGGGCUGCAGAUUCUUGGGCAAACACUCAAGGCCAGCAUGAGGGAGCUUGGGCUGCUUAUCUUCUUUCUCUUCAUCGGAGUCAUUCUGUUUUCGAGUGCCGUCUACUUCGCCGAGGCGGACGAGGCUGACUCGCAGUUUAUUAGCAUCCCCGAUGCCUUCUGGUGGGCCGUGGUCACAAUGACGACAGUAGGGUACGGUGACAUGGUUCCAACGACCAUCGGAGGCAAGAUUGUGGGAUCCCUGUGCGCUAUCGCUGGUGUGCUGACCAUUGCCUUGCCCGUGCCCGUCAUAGUCUCCAACUUCAACUACUUCUACCAUCGAGAGACGGAGGGCGAGGAACAGGCCCAGUACCUUAACGUGACCAGCGUCCCCAAGAUAGACUCCUCGGAGGAUCUGAAAAAGAGCCGCAGCGGGUCAACCAUGAGCAAGUCUGACUACAUGGAAAUUCAAGAAGCUGUGAACAACAGCAACGAGGACUUUCGAGAGGAGAACAUCAAGACCGGCAACUGCACCCUAACCAACACUAACUAUGUUAACAUCACCAAAAUGCUUACAGAUGUAUAACCUCUUUGAAGUGCCUUGACGAAGAAGGUGAGAUAAAGUAGGGGAGUACCGGGAGUACCCCGGUUUUGAAGGCUUCAGACGCCUCGUGCAGGAGUUUCAAGAUGGGAGAACUGAAAUGCAUCCAUUUGAGUGAAGGAUCAGUAAAGAAGACCUCUCCAUCAUUCCAUCCCCAUUCCCUGUCACAAGUUCUGGAAGACUUGAUCGGUGGGGGACGUUGUUUUGCAUCCUCGUGUUCAGUGUCUGCAUGGAGUUUGUCUUUUCUGUGUGACUGUUCUAGUAGUCGUUCUGCUUGCAACAGUAGCCAAAUCGUAGCCUAACCAAUACAUGCAAGCGUAGCAUAGAGGGACCAAUUCCUGACUCCCAUUCGCCCAUUCACUGCCAACCUGAGGACCCCUUGAGUGGAUUUGUACCUGGGAAGAACAACAAUUUUGUCACUCCAAAUUGAUUAGUGGCUUUAAAACAUCGAGGAGUUAAUGUAUAUUCGUGAAGAAUCACCAUGGAGGAUGUAUUCCUCUGUGAAUGCACAAACGCUGCCUGUCCUGCCAACCGCAACAGCAUACCACGUGCGGUACCUAAAAAUGUUACAUUCCAUCAUGUGACGGAGAAAUACAUGCAUGACCAAUCUUGGGGGCCUGGAAAGCUGGUUAAACUGCCCAUUUUCUCUAUCCAUUUUUCCCCCUUUUGCUGCCUAGGAUCUCAGUUUGUCCCAUGUUAGAGUAAACAGACCUGAAAGUGGAGCGGAGAUUGUUUUGAAGUCGCCCGUUUUUCCAUCGUCGUCAUUCCACUAUACUGCAUGAGCAGCUGCCCUCCAUUGCAUCAUUUCCUCACGUCACUUACUUUUCCCAGCAUUGUAAACUUCCAAGCAUUCCAUGUGUAUGAGAAAUGUCUUUUGUAACCGCGAUCUACCCCUACAAGCGCCUGACGGGGGGCUGCGGGAGUGUAGAUAUUUUACUGUGACAUUGCAGCCAACAACAGCAAAACUCACUCACAAGUCAGGUCACCAAAGAUGAAGUUCACUGCCGUUAUUUAUUGCAUUUUUAUGUUCUUUUUACAUUUUAGUGCCAUUUCAUGGUGCAUCCUGCUCAUAAUAUGAUGCUGGAGAAUUUGGAUAAAACUUGUAUGAAAAUGAUGCUUCCUUGAAUAGCUUUUGUAAGAGAUAGGAAAUAUUCUACUACUUUUGUGGUGCAUGUCUGGUACACAUUCCUUGUAGCAUGCAUGUAGUAAGAAUGAUACUUACAAAACUAGAAAUAAGUAUUCAUAACUUUAUCAAUAUAAAUAUUUUUCUCUGUGAGAUUAACGGUAUGUGCAAUAUUAUAAAUGCUUGUUUUUGUUUUAAGGUUGCAAGAUUUUGCAAAUAGUUUUAUAUGUUAGUAGGCUAAUACAUUAGAUAUAGUGUAAUAGCCCGCUUUCAGUGUCGAAUACCAUCAAGGUUGUUCAUUUCUUAGUUUGGAGGGAGAGUGAGAUGCACCAAUUUAAACAAGCAUUUCAAAGAUCCACAUUUGGAUAUGGGGGAGAUCUAACUCUGCAAAAUCUCAAUUCCUGAUUUAAUAACAAGGGAUUCUCAUGAUUUUGUGGUGCAUUUGACACGUCUACUCUGUAGCUUAUCCUCAUAACUAAAGAUGGUUUCUCUAGCAUUGUCUGUUGCAUUGAUGUUAAAGACCUCAUGAAAUAAAAAUGGACU